AUGGCCACUUUGGCGAUCGACUCUGGAGGACCAGGACCCCCGGUGUCUUUGCCUUUGGCGCCAUGCCCCUCCCUCCCUGACGACAUCGUCAUGGACAUCUUGGCGCGCUUGCCGGCCAAGUCUGCGGGCCAAUGCCGCUGUCUCUCCCAUGCCUGGGCCGCGGCGCUCUCCUCGCAACACUUUGUCGAUCGCCACCACCGCCUGGCCAACCGCCGCCACAGCCCAAGGGUCUUCUUCUUGCAUUACUCGUUCGACGACGGAGCACAGAUGCAUAUGUGGUCUCAGGACCACCAUAACAGCAAUGACGGUACGGUUCCACACAGAAUCCAUGGCCACGCCCUUCGCCUCGUCGCACUUCAGUGCCGCGGCCUUGUCGUCCUCGAAGACUCGUCCAGGGAUCAUGUGAACUACGUGUGCAACCCAUCAAGCGGUCACAUGAUGGCACUUCCAGAGGGCCGCCAAAAGAUAUGCCACAAAGGUGUUUCGGACAACCAUUAUGAGAGCCUAGGGCUCGGCUAUGAUGAUCAGACCAAAACGCACAAAGUUGUGCGCAUCUCCUACCAUGGAUGUGAUCGCGGGGGGCUCCCCACGUCGGUGGGGUGUGAGGUUUAUGUGGUCAACUCCGCCGGGCACUGGCAGCCAAUCCAAGGAAAGCCGCCGGCUUGGGUAAUACCUUAUGAGCCAAGCGUCUUUGCGCAAGGACACGUGCAUUGGUUAGCCGAAAAGAAGGUUCCCAUCUCUGCCGACACACCCAUUGACAUGGUCAUCGUCUCCUUCUCCCUCGCUGACCAGACGUUCGGGAUUGUGCCGCCACCACUCGGUAUGGACGGCGAGAGUUUGUCCAGGCACCGGUUGACCGAGCUUGAUGGGCACCUAUGCCUCUUUUCCGAUUAUGUUCCUAACUUGUCAUGCUACGACAUAUGGUUUCUAGUAAGUGAGCCUGGAGCACAUGUAGUCUGGAAUUUGCACUGCCGAAUCGACAUGAGCAAGGUGUCACCAGAUAUCACCGACCGGGUCGAGAGAUGCUCGUUAUACCCUCUCGCCAUUAUCAAUAAUGGCAGCCGCAUCCUCCUUGUAAAACCCGGCUUGGUCUUGGCGCCGUUGGCGGGCAAUUACCCCUGUUGUGCGCAUUGUUAG